AUGUGCCGACUGCCGCUGUUUGUGGGGGCGAUCGUGUUGGUCUUGGCCUCAGCUGCUUUUGGUCUAACUGCCUUUGAGAAGUUGACGGAGCUGGACUACCGUGGUUCCACCUACUACACUAUCAGGAACCUGUCGUUAUGGGAGUGCCAAGGCUGGUGCCGCGAAGAGCCCGAGUGUGCAGCAGCUUCCUUCAGCUUUGUCGUGAACCCUCUAGCGCCCAUCCAGGAAACGCUAUGCCUCCUGCAAAACGAGACCAUGGCCACCAAUCCUACGGCUAAGCCCAAGCGAGCCGUUUCUCUUUACUACAUGGUGAAGCUACACAUAGACAGUGACAAGGUGUGCAACAGGCCUUGGACCUUCGAGAGAGUUCCGAACAAAGAGUUAAAAGACCACAACGACGCCCAGAUCUUCGUAUCGUCCAAGGAGUAUUGCAUGGCCGCGUGUCUCAAUGAGCGCCGCUUCGUGUGUCGGAGCGCCGAAUAUAACUACGUCACCCUGCAAUGUCAACUGAGUCAACACGACCGUCGCUCGGCGGGCGUGUCGGUGAACAUGUUGGAGAAGGAUGGCGUGGACUACUUUGAGAACCUGUGCUUGAGAGCUUCAGACGCGUGCCACGACGAUGAGAGAGACUUCGAGCAACCGCAGCACCUCGGCGUCCCACUGAACAUGGUGUCUCACUACGUAGACAUCCAUUAUUACGUCGAUAAGGAACUCAUGGCGGCCACUGAUAAAGCGUGCAAGAGAGCUUGUGAGAUUGAGAAGGAGUUUCUUUGUCGGUCCUUCCUGUACAAAGGACCGCCCACGGGCUCAUACUACAACUGCCAACUCUUCCACCUCGACCACCACACACUCCCCGAUGGACCUUCCACGUACCUCUCCACUGACAGGCCGCUCAUGGACGACGGACAGCGGACGGGAACCUACUACGAGAACAUAUGUCGAAGAGCGCGGGACAAUAUGAUUUGUAAGCAAGUGACGACGAGAGACAAUCGCUACAUCACUCAGGUCAUGUGCUUUGACAAGGCGUCCAUCUCCCGCCAAGUGAACAUCGAGGGCGUGGAGGAGCUUGAUCCCAAGGAAGUCACCCUGCCCGGCAGUGGUAGCACCAGUGUUGGCGGGCUGGGCGGUGGCACCACAGUGGGUGUUGGUGGUGGAGUGAUUGGGGGAGGCGGUGUGACUGGUGGUGGAGUUGGCGGAGGCAGCACUGAUGGGGGACUGAUUGGUGGUGGUAGUGGAGUUGGUGGUGGUGCCAGUGUGAUUGGUGGCGGUGGAGUAGUUGGUGGGGGUGGUGGUAGUGGUGUGAUUGGUGGUGGUGGAGGUGGAGGGAUUAGUGGCGGCGGUCUGGUAGGUGGCGGCAAUACCAUCUACACACCACCUCCGCGUCCCGAUGGUUUGGGCAGCUCCUCCUCCUCGUCAUUCCCUUCAUCGCAGUCCACCAUCGGCCUGGGCUUCACGCCGGGGCCCUCCAGCGAUAAUGUCAACUGUGACCCCACUGGAGUGUGUUACGACGUGUCAGUUCACUGCAAGGACACGCGCAUCGUUGUUGAGGUGGCCACCAAUGAACCAUUUAACGGCCGCAUUUACGCCUUGGGGCGCUCUGAGACGUGCAACAUCCAAGUGACCAACUCGGACAGGUUCCGCCUUGACCUGUCCAUGGCAGGCCAGGAUUGCAACACUCAGAGUGCGAAUGGUGUGUACACAAACACGGUGGUCAUCCAGCAUCACUCCAUCGUCAUGACCAAGACAGACAAGAUAUACAAGAUCCGCUGUACCUACGACAUGACCUCCAAAAACAUUACCUUUGGCAUGCUGCCUAUCAGCGCAGGUGAUCAAGACUCCUUAUCCGACACCCUAAUAGUCCGAGACCCAGACAUGAUCCCCAUCACCUCUGCUCCCGAGGCCCCGCCGCCUAGUAUACGCAUCCUGGACGCUGCCAUGCGGGAGGUGGAGACCGUCAGGAUCGGAGACACGCUUACCUUCAGAAUUGAGAUUCCCGAGUCGACACCGUACGGUAUUUUCGCCCGUAGCUGUGUAGCCAUGGCCAAGGACUCCAGAUCAACCUUCCAGAUCAUCGAUGAUGACGGGUGCCCCGUGGAACCGUCCAUAUUCCCACAAUUUAAAAAAGACGGCUACGCCCUUCAGUCUGUGUACGAGGCCUUCAGGUUCACAGAGUCCUAUGGCGUCAUAUUCCAGUGCAACGUGAAGUACUGUCUAGGACCUUGCGAACCGGCACGGUGUCAAGUGGGCAGGGAGCAGGUGUUCUCGUGGGGUCGCCGGAAGCGAGGCGUGGCCAAUCCUCGUACUCCCCGUGGCUAUGUUCAGGAAACUACCAAGGAGCAGGCCAUGGCGGAGUCCCAGGCUCGCACCACUACUACCACUGAUGGGGACGAGAUGAGCAUCAGUCAAGAGAUUCUUGUGCUGGACCUCGGCGAUGACCAGAGUCCACAGUAUCGCCACGACCCCUCCAAUACCGCUCCUGCCAGCCACCAGACCAACCACCCCAAUCACACUUACAGCUUCGAAGGUCCAGACGUGGCCCUCUUUGAGACGUGCCCGACGAGGUCCUCCGUAUUAGCCCUUGCCGUGACCUGCGCCAUUCUGCUGCUCAUCUAUGUGCUUACUGUCUUCUACUUUGUCAUGAGGAAAUGGCUGAGGCCGCAGAAGAACAUGCGAUAAUGCACGAAGGAGGGACAUAUUAAUAGGAGCAGGGUAAAGUACACACACACACACACACACACACACACACACACACACACAGGGUGGCCUUUAUUCAAAUCGUCUUAUGGAGAAAUUAAAGGUAGAAAAGGAUAUUUAAGUGUUGUGUAUCACUCGGAGUUAAAAUAUGUUAUCAAUAGAAAGAAAAAAACGGCUUGCAGGGCCUAACAUAGCUGAACUUUUAGAUGUUAAAAUGAUGAGGUUUUGGAUUUCCCUGUGCUCGAUCGCGAUGUUUAAACUAUCUCGCUCACUCACUCGUAUUUAUCUAUCUUUUAUAAUGUAAUGUCGCUAAAUAACUUGUAUAUUAUGUAUGAGACUUAGUGCAAGUAAAGAUUGAAAGAGAACAUCGAGGCAUUACAUCUCUAAUACAGCAUAUGCCAAGACCAGUCACCCUAAACAUUCUUGGUCUUUGUUUACGUGACCUAAUUUCAAAUUAAGCUUUAUCUUCAUGAGCUAAUCUGAUGUCUCCUGACAGAAGUAGUAUCUGUUUGCUUUCUGUUGUUAACGAUUUCUACAUAUAUUUUCAUGGAUAAAUGGCGACAAAGGAAGUAGUUCUUCGCGGUCCAGUAUGGGGGCGCAAUCCAUAUCUUAAACUUGCAGUUCAGUCUCUCGCAAUUCCUUGUGCAAUACACUUAAAGGAGAAGUAAGAGUGGUGGGUCUGUCUGUCACUUUUGCCCUCCUUCGUGUUGUUUUUCUUAUACUCGAUGGCAUUAACAUAUUGCAAUUUCUUGGGCAUUUUCAUGUGGGAAACUAUCCCUUAGUGAGAAAAAAACUAUCCCAUGGGCAUUUUUUUAGUAUGUUGUAUCUUAUGUUAUGAUUAGAUGGAGUUGGAAAAGUGUUCUGUUCACAAAAUAAUGGAGGAAGUUGCUGAAAGAUUUGAGUUAAGUCGGGGCCGAGUUACUGUGUGUUCAAGCGCCCAUCAUCUUCUUCAGGCCUCGUCUGUAGCCUACACGAGCCGCUAUGAGUGAUUAUUACCAAGGUCUAAAGAAUAAGUCUCACCACUGGCAGACUAAACGCCACGCUCAGUGGAGGAGAAAGCGCGGUUGAGGUUGUUAUUAUUUAGAGCUUGGUUGUGGGCACUUAUGUAUUGAACAAGAGAGAAGGAUACGGUGCUGUCCCUUCACCUACCAUAACUGUGAUUCUGAUCCUUACUCACCCCUGUACCUGACUCGCCUGCUGAUUGUAACACUGAAUUUGGGUCAUGAAAUCUGGCAGAUUGUAUGUAUAUACAAAUGAUGCAUGCAGCCGCUGGGGUCCCUUUUGUCUGUACUUCAGAGGCUGCAUUUUUUUUUAUUCAUGAAAAUAAUAAUGAUCGAUAUAAUGAAUCCAUUAACGAUAUGAAUAGAAUACAUGAGAGUGUACAUUCUGGGGCCCCAUAAAUAUAUUCGAGCUUUGAGUUCCUAGAGAAAUUGAACCGAAACUGUAUUGUGAGUGAAAGGGUGAAAUUAACAUUGCCAUUAGGACAGAAGGCAGGCAGUCAGUCCCCUUUCAUACCUUUAUUACUCUCAGAGAAACUUUGCGGUUUAGCACAAGCAUUUGUCUCAUUGUUGGUAUGUUGCCAUGGUCCCCGCUGGUAUGAAGUGAGGCACCCUCUGCUCCUCCCUCUCUGCCACGUAACACACUGCAUGGCACAGGGAAAGUGGGGGGCUUUGCAUGUUGAGUAAAUAGCCUAUAUAGAUAAGUAUACCAACUAGUUCGGAUUCCUAGCCUACAUGAAGCCAUUUCACAUUGAUUUUCAGAGUGAAUAAAGUACAACAGCGUGUAGCUGCCUCUGAAUAUUUUGGCUGACAGGGAUAAUUCUAAUCAUGCACUUUUUUUACCAUCACCAUUAGGCUACGCAUUUAUGAAUUUAUGUUACAAUACUCAUCUUUAUAUGCUAUCCAAAUCAAAAUAAUAUAGU